AUGAUUCAAGAAGGAGGUUCAGUAGCAUUUGGAGAUACCAUAAAAGAUCAGAUGUAUAAAUAUCCAGAAAGAGUAAUUUUCGGAGUUAAACAUUUGAUCGGUCAUAAAUAUCACGAUUGUUCAGUUCAGGAACUGUUGGAGAAUGUUGGUUUCAAAAUUCAACCUGACGUAAAUGAUAAUCCAUUAAUCGUAGUUGACGGCAAGAAAUACAUGCCCGAAGAAAUCCUCGGUUUCUUGUUAGAACAUGUAAAGUAUACAUACAAGAACUAUACAUGCCAAGAAGCAACAGACUGCGUCAUUACAGUUCCAGCUUACUUCAACGAUGCACAAAACAGCUGCAAGAAUCGCCAACUUAAAUAUCCGCAAGUUCCUCAGCGAACCAACAGCUGCCGUCAUCGCCUACAACAACAUCUAACCAAAGGAUAA